AUGGAAUAUUAUGUCGUCAUGCUUUAUGUGUUAAGGCAUCAUGAGAUCAAGAAAAUUCCAAAACGCUACAUACUUCAACGUUGGAGAAAAGAUGCUGUAAAGUUACCAUCAAUAAAAGCAAUGUUGAAUGGAACUCCAGAUGCAAACAAUGUGCUUUCGGACAUAUACUCAUCAGUUGGACGCGUUACAAGUUGUUUGGGAAAUGACAUUGAAAAACUUGGUCAGUUUCUUGAGUGUAUCAAGUUGUUUGAGAAUGAAUUAGAAUCUAAUAGCAUUAGCGAAUCUUCAAGGAGCAAAAAGGAUACAAUUGAGAGCUUUAUUGGAAUAACACAACCUGUUGAAAUAACAACUAAAGUUCCUAAGAAUGCAAGAAACAAGGGAUGUGGGACUAGCGAGAGAUAUGUUGGUGCGCGAGAAGAGUCGAUUAACAAAAGUUCAAGAGGCAAAAKAAUUUGUAGAAAUUGUCAGCAGUGGGCUAAUCACGACUCGAGGAAUUGCCCAAARAAGAAGGAAUGA